GGCUAUGUGGACGAUGUCGCUGCAUCCUCCAGCGUCUCGACGCCGUCUAUGACCUCGCAGGGCGCGGACGAGGACAGCGUGUAUUAAAAUUGAUGACGUUGACGAUCUCUUAUGUCUGUUGAGUAUGGUCGGGGUUUCCUUAUGGCAUAUACCUCUCUGCGUCGUUUUCCUCUUUUUUUUUCCUUUCCUUGGUAUUUCCUAUCUCUCCUAUCGGGGGUAAUGUCUUUUGUCGGUCAGGUCAGGCGCCGCUGGGUGUUGAGGCUUCGUUUCCUCGGGGAUUGCUCUUCUGCUCGCUUGCUUGCUUUUCGCAUCUUGCUUCCGCUGCAUUAUCGUUCAUGGGCUCGGCAAAUGGGGGCAGGGUUGGUACGGUUUCGCAUUCACAGUGGUCCAGUGGGAGGACCACCGCUCCCGCAAACCUAAUACCUGCACUGUUGGCUGGUCCAUGUGGAGGGCUCUACUUCGUUCUCCGUGUUUCAUUAACACCGCUUACUGACUAUUUAAUCUUGACUUCACAGCGCUUUCUCUUGUUUUUCUCCUUACUUCACUUCAUCUCGGAUACCUUGUUCGAUAUACUGUUUGUUCUUUCCUUGCAUCUUUCCUAGGCUUUGCGUUUUG